CGCACCAAUACCAUCACCGAAAACACUGAACUUUGUUGCAUGUGAAGACGUCAGUAUGGGUGCGCGAUGACAAGACGUGUAAUCAACCGCGAAAAGUAAACAGACAUCCACCACCGCUCGGAAGCAAAGAUUGAGAGCGCCGAUCAAAGUGAAUCAGUUUGUGUUUUAAUUCGCUUGCUGGUGGUGUGAGGUAUCAAUUUAAUCUGAAGCAAAUCACGGUUUUUGUGGUCGCGCACGUGAAAUCAAGUUAACCAAAUCAGUACUAUGGGUGGAGAUCUGAAGGAUUUUUUGCGCCAAGCAGCAAUGCAAGUGGGUGCAGGUGGUUCAGCAGGAUUCGUGGAGGUUUGCAUCAUGCAUCCCUUAGAUCUGGUGAAGACUCGACUACAGCUACAAGCGAAACCCGGAACUGCGGCAGCUAAAACUGGAACUUACUACAAUGGAGUGUUCGACUGCAUUCGGAAAAUGGCCCGAUCGGAGGGUUUCUUUUCCCUGUACAAGGGAAUCCUGCCUCCGGUGUUGGUUGAAACGCCGAAACGAGCCGUUAAAUUUUUAACCUUCGAACAAUACAAACGGUUCUUUCUGUUCGGUGCUGAUAAGCCUACGCCACUGACAUUCUCCUUAGCUGGCCUUGGUGCAGGAGUGACCGAAGCUAUCUUGGUGAACCCUUUUGAAAUGGUGAAAGUGACGCUGCAAGCCAACAAAAACAAAGUCGGGCAAGUUCCUAGCACGUGGGCCGUAACGCGACAGAUCAUCCAUGAAUCCGGUUUCGGCCUGAACGGUCUGAACCGAGGGCUGACGGCAACCAUCGGUCGGAACGGUGUUUUCAACAUGAUCUACUUCGGAUUCUAUCACAGCGUAAAAGGGUUCCUUCCGGAGUAUGAGGACCCAGUGGAAGAGUUUCUCCGUAAAGUGGGAAUCGGUUUUGUGUCCGGUACCCUUGGAUCCAUUGUUAAUAUCCCGUUUGAUGUGGCCAAAUCCAGGAUUCAGGGUCCUCAACCGGUCCCUGGUCAGGUAAAGUACAAGUCCACCUUUGGCUCGAUCGCCACUGUGUAUCGCGAAGAGGGCUUUGCAGCUUUGUACAAAGGCUUGACGCCGAAAGUGAUGCGCUUGGGUCCAGGAGGAGCAAUCAUGUUGGUUGUUUACGAUUACGUGUACGAGUUUCUCGAGAACUACUUCAAGCAUUGAAAAGGACUGAGCGCAGGCAAACUUGCGCACGAUUUCUAAGUCUACCUCGAGGUGUUCCUUUUUGGAAUUAUUUGAUAAUAUCCAUGUUUCAAGAUUAUUGUUAACAAACCAUCGAUUCCAGUUAUCUACCGUCAAGCAUUUUAGCAGAAAUAUUUAUCUCAACGUUGUUACUACCACGCCAAGCAAUCAUGUUGGUUGUUUCAAAUUUCACAGAGUUUAUUAAACUGGAUUUUUAAUAUAUAUUAAACAGUUAUCCAUGUUCUGAACAUGAGGUAAGCUAACAUUUUUUUUCUAGUUUUUGGAAAUUAUGUGAAUAAUAAUAAUAGUAAAUAGCAAAGCAUCAUAUACACAUAUUAAAGUUUUCAUGUUAAAUAUUGAAAAA